AUGCAGGCCUCUGGACGUUACAGGAAGCCAGUAUCACGACCACUGUUACAAGCCGGUUGAGUGCAGAGCCUACAGCAAACAGCCUCUCAGCUGAAAAGAGGUCUUUUGUCCACACUCAUGGCAACCUAUGGGGAUUUCACAGCAGCUAAAUUCCAGGCCCCUGUUGCGGUGUACUGUGGGAGUGUCCCCAAAGUCAAGCCCAGAUGCAGGUCAUUGCGAGGGGGAAGUGUCGAUUCAAAUUUGCAAUUAUGUGGAAGCAGAUGGACAACAGCAGAAGAAGGUUGGGACAGCCAGAGCAGUCUUCAGCAUCUGGACACUGCAGCCCCAGGUGAUGCGUCUCAGAUUCCCUGUUCAGCCUUGAAACAUGAUCCCAGAGAACUGGAGGUGAGCAGUGCAGCCAUGGAGACUUCCCAAAUCAAGGAUAAGCUCAAGAAGAGGAGGAUGUCUGAAGGCCUGUUGGCACCACCCAAAGGUUUGUCCGACUCCAGUGACCCUAAGGGGGUUGCCCUGAAGCCAGCUGUUUCCAGAUCCGCUUCCCAACGGCUGCUGAUAACUUCCAAGCCCAUGCCUCCCAUUCAGAGUAUCCCAACCUCCCCAGAGGCCAAUGGACCAAAUGAAAAGGAGCAAAAAAACUUAGAGAAUGGCACAAGCAGCUGGAGCAGUAGCAACAGUUGUGCUGAGCUGCUGCCAGCUUCCCAGGAGGUCCAUGCUUCCCUCCAGUACUUGCAGUGCAAUGAUGAGAAGAUGAAGAAGUCUUUAGGAGCUGCUCUGAUCCCCCCUAUCCCUAAAUCAGCAAGACCAUCCAAUGGAGACCUUGGCACUACUCCAAUGCCUCUUCCAGGUGCUCAGCAACUAAAUCCAGUGAGUCUGUCUGCAGAAGACUCCCCUGAGAUAAGGUCUGGGCCAGACAGCAGCGCUGAGGAAAAGACUCUUAAAUCUCUGGAAUUCAGAAGUUCGGCACCCAUUUUAGCUGCUCCCAAGAAUGGCUUGAUCGUGGGCAUGAAGCCUACUGGGUAUGCACCAGAACCUUUGCUGCCUUUGACAACACUCUCCCUCAGCCAGGGCAAGGAGACAGGUCACCUGCUGGGUCCCAAGCUUUUGAAGGAUGACAACUGGAAGGAGAGUAAUGGAAGGAUCCAUGUCACCAUCUCCAAGUCGGCUCAGGAGAAAUUGCGUCAGAAGCAAAUGAAAGAGAUGGAGCUUUUGCGUCGAGAGAGGGAAAAGGAAAGGUCCCUGCAGCUCCGGGAACAACUUCAGAGUGUGGACCCCGGGGGUAUUGCUCAGGAAGUUUCCACAGGCUUUGGCCCACUUAAUACCAAUGGGCUCAUCUCCAUUUCACCCAGCAUGAGCAACCCAUGCAAAGCCAGCUUUGGUGUUGCCUUAAAGAAAAGAGUCAACAGGCCAUCUUUGCCAAGCAUCCCCAUCAUCAAUCAUGAGAGCAGCUUCCUGCGCCACUCUUCAGCUAACUCUCUGCCAGCAAAUAUUCUGGGUUCUUCAGAGUGGGAGGAGGAAUCUGAAAGUGGGGAUAUGUCCGAAAUGAGACCCUUCUCUCUCCCAGAGCAGGGGAUGAUGGAUGCACUCAAGUGGCUCAGUAGCAAUGACUGGCAGCUGAAAGAGAAAGGACUCUCUGGCAUCCGCCGUCUGGCUACCUGCCAUUCAGAAGUCCUCCUUAGUAGAAUUCAUGAUGUUUCGUUGGCAGUUACCAGAGAGGUUAGUAAUCUCCGCUCAAAGGUGUCUCGCUUUGCUAUCAGCACCCUUGGUGAGCUCUUUAGGACCAUGAAGAAGCACAUGGACCAGGAGGUGGAGGAGAUGGCUCGGGUCCUGCUCCAGAAGACAGGGGAUUCCAGCGAGUUCAUUCAGAAAGCGGCUGAUCAAUCUCUGGGCCUCAUGGUGGGGAAUGUGACUCCUGCAAGAGCAAUGGCUGCCCUUAUGGCUAAUGGAGUGAAUCAUCGUAACCCCCUCAUUCGAAGGUGUACUGCCGAGCACUUACUAACCAUCGUGGAACAGAUUGGAGCGGAAAAACUUCUGUCGGGCACCCGAGACAGUACAGAGUUGCUGGUCCGGACACUGGUGAAGCUUGCUCAAGACAGCAAUCAAGACACUCGGUUUUAUGGACGGAAAAUGUUGAAUACACUGAUGCCCCAUCCAAAAUUUGAUGGAUAUUUGAAACAGUGUCUCCCAUCACAUGACUUGCGGGAUGUCAUAGCAACAAUUAAGCAGAAAGGCAUGGAAGAUGAUGCAUCUGAACCCCCUUCUGCCAAAGGCCGCAGGGAGUCUAGGAACAGCAGCUUGACAGUCUCCCGUGACAGCCUGCCUUCUGGUGAAGGGUCCAGUCCAGACACCUUAGUCCCACCACAGCACGUUGUUCGUCGGUCAUCUCUCCGCAGCCUGGAAGUGAUAGAUCAGCUCAAGGAGCUGAACAAGCUCCUGACGGCCAAGGAGUUUCAGAUGCGAAUGGAGGGAAUAAUGCUUCUUACGGAUCACUGCAAAAACAACCCCCAGUUUGUCUCCUCAAACAUUAUUCAGAUUUUUGAUGAUUUUACCCUGAGACUUCAGGACUCCAACAAGAAAGUGAACCAGUAUGCACUAGAAUCAGUUGUCUCCAUGAUCCCCGUCCUCCGAGAUGGCUUACAUCCAGUCACGGUCUCUAUGGUUACAGUGGUCACUGACAAUCUGAACUCUAAGAAUUCGGGUAUUUACUCUGCAGCAGCGAAGGUGCUGGAAACUCUGAUUACACAUUUAGAUAAUGUAUUGCUUCUACAAACAUUUGCCAGCAGAGUGCGUUUCACCAGUGGCCGAGCCAUGCAGGACAUCACACAACACCUGUCAGUGCUUGUGACUUCUGUGUACCCUCAGAAACCUCAGGCUGUGGAGCAUCACGUGCUGCCCAUUCUCUGGUAUUUCUUAAGCAACAUGAUUGGAAAUGGAGUGCUACCUGGUCGUAGUGGCAAUGUCAGAACUGUGGUCUGCAAACUGGCUAAAACCUUACACAAAGAGAUGGGACCCACCUUACUGGAUCACGCUGCCAGCCAACCACAACAUGUGAUUAAAAACCUUCAGGACCUUUUAGGCAUGGAACUACGGUGAAGGAGCCCCACUGUCUUCAGGACAGUUUCCUAUGUAGUACAGCAAAAGGCUGAUAUGCAUGGGUGACACAAUACUGGCACUGAUUUUAUUAUAUAUUUUUGGGGAGAGAAAUCUACUGUAGAAAGUUUAUAGGUGCAGAUGUAUAUAGUAUAUUUUGAAGUAGAAUUAAAUCACAUAUUUUUCUAAGGUUUUAUUUCCUGAGCAUUGUUCCCAAGAUGUUUACAUAGCUAUUAAAAAAAAAAAGAAUAAUGGUGUAUAAAUGUUGUGAUUUAUAAUUGUGUACAAAAAAAAAGAAAGGAAUAUAUUUAUAUAUCUGUUAUAUAUUUAUGUAUAUAACAGAUACCCAUAUUUAGAGAGAGCGAGAGAGAUGGGUUUAAGAAAGAGUGUGUGAGAGAGAGACAAGUAAAUGCUUGGAUCAUGGAAGAGAGUGUGACAAAAAUGCCAAUAUACCCCAGACCGAGAGAGAAACUUGAGUGAGGAAGGGAGAUGGAGACACCUUUCCCAAGACGCACAAGGGCAUGGAAGGGAAGGGAGUAUACUCCUGAGUCCUGAAACCAUAAAUGACGCAUGUAUAUCUGGAUCUGAAUACUGGAUACACUAACACAUGUUCACACACUCCCACUUCUGGAUGGGAAAGUGGAAGGAAGGACUGGAGUUAUGUGGGACCACAAUGACAGACAGAUGACACUCAGGGAGCCUGGGAAAGCAAAAAGAUUGAAGGAGUUUGACACGGGGGCUUAAGUCAGAAAGCUGAAAAGAACCGUGGAAAGAUGCAGCCAGCCAAAGGGGCUAACGAGUCUCAGAUUUCUAACUGUAUUUAUUUUUUCAUACUUGGAGGUAUACAGUAGUUUAACUUGUUAGAUAUAUUUGCCAUUGUUGCACUCCCUGUAUUGUCUGUGUAAACCGCUAACGUAUCCUCGCCACCAAUGUGUUUUGAUUAAAGUAUUGAGUAGGUCAAAUCAUUAGAACC